UUAACUCGUUAGGAAAGAUUACUCGUUACCACACUUCUGUUACACUUCCAGUUACUCGUGUAGUCAAUUUGUCCAUAAUUGGUUACAUAACUGGGACACGUGUCAAUUAACAAGGUGCGAACGGAUAUGGUCGCCACGUGGACAUCAGUGGAAAUCUGUUCUACACCAUAAAAACCAACUGGAAUACACCGAGGUCACACUUGUGUGUACAACGUUAUCUGUACCUGUUCAAGACAUUCUGUAAUUAUAUAAAGCUAUCGCUAAAACAACAUUUGGUGUCCAACAACAUUUACAAACGAAUAGUUAUAUGAUGAACAUCCCUUCUGUCGUAAAUAUGAAUGACGUCACUUAUAUCGUUCGCUCAUCUUCCAUGGCGACCAAAAAGCAGGCUGUUAAAGCCCGCGUCAAGAGCAAGUUGCGUCGCCUUCGCUCAAAAUUGUUCCUAGGCGACAAAAAUAAACUUCAGUCGACCCUGUCUGAAAACCUAAAUUUUGAUAAACCAGUGAACAAGUGUUACAAUAAAGACAUCCCGUUUAAUUGUGCGAGUCGUGUUGCUUGUAAAACCAACAGAAUUAUUCUUCCGGUCAGGGUGCGAGGAGACGGCGCUGAUUACGUCACAUCGACAGAAUCUCCAUUAAGAACGCGCGGUGACGGUGCGGAUGACCCCACAAUUUGGACAUUUCCGGCUCGCACUCCCGGAGAUGGAAAUGACGGUGACGCCACUGGGACUCGCAGUUUUUGUGAUUUGGACGCAGGCUUCCUAUCGGAGGAGGAGACCUGUGGCGUUUGCGAUUUAGACAUUUGCAUUAUUGAUGACGUCAGCGUGACGUCAUACCAAGAUAGCGCAUUUAUUGAAGAGUAUGGAAGCGACAGUGUGUGUGAGCUGGAGAAGAACGUCUUUGAUGACAGUGACAUCUCCAUGACGACGUUAACACGACUGCGUUCUGUGUUCAGUGAAGGUGGCAACAUUGACGCAAUUGUUAGUGACUCUGCACUCGAGAGUUUUAUGAGAGACUAGAUACGUGCUAUGACACUUUUUCUUCGUUUCUUUUUAAUGCUCAA